ACGUUUGAUUAAAUGCCACCUGGACUACUUUUCCCAUCAGCACUUUACUUGAGGAAACGAUGUGACAACAGUAACUAACAUCCAGCCAAUUAUAAAGCAGAAUAUGACUCUGUCAGUUGGUGAUAGGUCGGUUUACGUUGAUUUUCCCAUGUUGCAUCGCUGUAUCGCCUCAGAAUUCAAAUCGAGUUGACCAAUCAGCGCGGGCCGUUACCAUCACUAUAGCGUUUUAAACUUUGUGCCAGAGACUGUUGUCAAAAGGCAGGACGGGAUAAAGCCGCAGCAACGUAGGAAGACGCUUUAAUUUCAUCUUCUGCUCAGGUUUUUUCAUGCUGAAACUUGCACGUUUUAUUCUUUUAUCGUUCGGGCAGGUUUUGGAAUCACGUUCCAGGCGAGUUUAGCGAGUUUUAAAUCGAGGUUUAUGAGGAGGGGUAAGCUAGCUUCCAGGACUCACGUCGGUUAAAGCAAAGCUAACUCCGUUUGACGCCCGAGUUAAUCGUCGAUACCACUUUGACCAGUUUAAAAACGUUUAUUUAUUUUUAAACUAUGAGUGCGGGCAUGGCAAAGCCACCGAACCCGUCGGCCCACGGCGACCCAAAAUCAGCUCCUCUUAAAGAGAUCCCGGACGUACUGGUGGAUUCACGAACCAUGAGGAGGUACACUCGAGGCAGGUUCCUCGGCAAAGGAGGCUUUGCCAAGUGCUACGAAAUAACAGACGUGGAGACCAAGCAGGUUUUCGCCGGUAAGAUCGUGCCCAAGUCGCUGAUCCUGAAACAGCACCAGAGGGAGAAGAUGACGUCGGAAAUCGCCAUUCAUAAAAGUCUCAACCAUCCACAUAUCGUGGGUUUCCACGGCUUCUUCGAAGACGACGACUUUGUCUUCGUGGUUCUGGAAAUCUGCAGGAGAAGGUCAUUGUUGGAGCUGCACAAGCGUCGUAAGGCUGUGACUGAGCCGGAAGCUCGCUACUACAUGAUGCAAUUGUUCAAGGGCGUCCAGUACCUGCAUAACAACAGGGUGAUCCAUCGGGACCUGAAGCUGGGCAACAUUUUUCUUAACGAUGACAUGGAAGUCAAAAUAGGGGAUUUUGGUUUAGCCACCAAAAUCGAGUUCGAAGGGGAGCGGAAGAAGACGUUGUGUGGCACUCCAAACUAUAUCGCUCCUGAAGUUCUCUGCAAGAAAGGUCACAGCUACGAAGUAGAUGUCUGGUCCCUCGGCUGUAUAUUGUACACCUUGCUGGUGGGUAAGCCCCCUUUUGAGACGUCUUGCUUGAAGGAAACAUACAGUCGCAUCAAGAAAAACAACUACGUCAUCCCCUGGCACAUCAACCCGGUAGCGUCCUCUUUAAUAAAGCGCAUGCUGCAUGCCGAUCCUGCCCAGAGGCCGUCAGUGUCUGAGCUUCAAGCUGAUGAGUUCUUCACCGCCGGCUACAUUCCCCUCCGACUGCCCACUACCUGCCUCACUGUGUCUCCGCGGUUCUCCAUCGCCCCAUCCACAGCUCCGGAACUUGGCCAGAGACGCCCGCUGACCGCUAUUGACAACAAGGAAGGAAGUGAGAAGGUGGAUGUGAGAGAAGAGCCCAUGCCAAGGGAGAACGAGCCAGUGGAGAACCACCUGAAAGACCUGCUGCAGCAGCUCAACAGCAUCAUGGCUGCAAGACCAUCUCAGAAGGUGAUCAUACGGCAAGAAGAGGCAGAAGAUCCAGCAUGCGUCCCAAUCUUCUGGAUCAGCAAAUGGGUGGACUACUCUGACAAAUAUGGAUUAGGUUAUCAGCUGUGCGACAACAGCGUGGGUGUGCUGUUUAACGACUACACACGUAUGAUAAUGUACGCCGACGGGGACAGCCUGCAGUACAUUGACAAGACAGCGGCUGAAUCAUACCUCAGCGUGCGCUCGUACCCUUCAUCACUCUCCAAGAAGAUAACGCUGCUGAAAUAUUUCCGGAACUACAUGAGUGAGCACCUGCUGAAGGCCGGCGCCAACAUGGCACGGCGAGAAGGAGAUGAGCUGGCGCGACUGCCCUACCUCUCCCUCUGGUUCAGAACCAAGAGUGCCAUUGUGCUGCACCUCACCAACGGCACUGUCCAGAUCAACUUUUUCCAGGACCACACCAAGCUGAUCUUGUGUCCACUGAUGGGCGCCGUUACCUACAUCGAUGAGAAGCGAGACUUCCGGACCUACAAGUUGUCUCUGCUGGAGGAGUUCGGCUGCAGUAAGGAGCUCUCCAGCCGCAUUCGCUACGCCAAAAAUAUGGUGGAGAAACUGUGUGAAAACAAGCCGGGGGCAGCGCAGUAAAUUACCUCACACUAAUCAUUGCCUCUGUAUUUAAUCACUGACCACUUGUUGUUGUAGCCUUUCAUUUUCCUCCUAUUUUCUGUAUUGCUGAAUGUUUACAGUGUAAUUAUUUUCAUGUUUUUGCUUCAGCCUGUCACUGUCAAAUUUCAGUCUCUGUUGAUUUGAAUCCUUCUGCGGCUUGUUUGUGGGGGCUGGUUUUAGCCUCGUUACUCUCUCUAUACUCUGCUGCAGUGGCUUGUGGGAGGAUCGAUGGCUGACUGUUUGUAACCCUGUGUCUCGUGGGUGGAGCUUUUUGAGUGUUCACCUUUGUUUAAAUUGAACAGUUUCAAGUUGACCCUUUAGUCUUGUAUUUUUAAGUACAUGCGACUCAUACACCAGCUGUGCCGUGAUGUGACUGUUUGGGACUGAAUCAAUGC